GAAGCGUACGCAAUGUCGACCCUCGAGACUCAAAAAAAGACCCAGGCUGCUGUCGGCUUUUUUGACAGGUCUAUUCGGCGUAAGAGGAAUGGGAUUAUCAAGAAGUGGGCUGGUAUGAGUAUGUUUAUCCAAUCCGCGCAUGCUGGGCUUCCGAGCGGAGUGAGGGAAGGAGGAAAGGAAACGGGGAAGGCUGAUGGGAGAUGGUAGCAUUAUUAAUUGGAGUAUUUAUGCUGGCUCUUCUAUCCCUCUGUACGAUCCCAACCUAUCGCCAGGCUUCCCGCAUCUACUGACAACAAGUGCAAUGCGGCGUCAAAGUCUGGGGCGUCCUGUCACGCACUUACCAAAACCUCCCCGUCCUAGGCGUUAUAGUGGUGGACUUUGACUCCCCAACUCACGAAGCUGCGCUCAUCGGUCCAGCGGUCCUGCGUGCCGCCGAAAGCCGGAAUAAUCUUCGACCGCCACGUUUAGGGUACAUAGUCAAGCCCCCGGACGAAUACCCUGAUGGGGAAAUGCAAGUUCGCAGGGUUGUGUAUGAGCAAGAGCACUGGGCUGCUAUAUCCAUCACUCGCAAUGCAACAGGGAGGUUAGAAGAUGCACUGAGGAGCGGGGAUGAAAGCUUUGAUCCUGACUCCCUUGCUGAGAUUGUCUUUGCCGAGGCGAGGGAUGAGAGCGUUACCAGAAAUUGUUUGCCCUUUUUUUUUUUUUUUUGAUACUUCUGCCUUCAAAGACCGGGGUAGGUUGACGAGUAUAUUGCGGCAGAUUUGCUCCCAUAUUUGGACGACCUCAAGAGUGAAGUCGUGCGUGGGUUUUCGGAAGUUUGGAUACCGAAGGCCGUGCGCGAUGAAGGCUUGAGGAGGAAUAUGGUCAGGGUGCCUUUGGCGGUGAAUCCUGGGUUUGGAUUUCGUAUGGUAAAUUUGAGGCCGUUUGACGUGCCAGUUGCUAUCCCGGCGGUCAGUGUUGGGUUGUUAUGUAUUCCCCCCUCACCCUCCCCCGCGGUAUGAUGAAGUGGGUGGGCAAGUUAGUGUUGAUGGUAUGGACAGACCUGAUCAUCUUUUCCUUCUUCUCCUUCUCCUUCUACCUACCCAUCCACCAAGCUUUCAUAAUCCCCAGUGACGGUAACUUUCCACCCCCCCAAACACCUUCACGGACAAUCACUCACUAAGGGAGAAGAUACGCCCCCCCUCUCCCUCCCCCAAUGGCUCGUCUGGCGCCUUGCAGCAACGUUAACAACCUACUUUUUCCUCUCUCUCGCCUACUCCCUCGUCCCCCUCUCCUUCCAGAUCCCUUUCUCUCGCCCUUCCCUCCCGCAAACAACACCGGGCGGGGCAAGCAGCUACAGCUUUCCAGUCUACUGGAUGCUAAACUGGGUCGGGAUGUCCUCCCUGGGCCUUCCCUCAGAAAACAUGUCCAUGGUCCUGGGCCCGCCGUGGUUCGCCCUUUGGCUGAUAUUCUGGGCCAUCACAAACGUCUCCACCUCCUUCUAUCCGCUCGUCCUCGCGCCCGGGAUUUACAGGUUUGGGUAUGCGUGGCCGCUGCAUAACAUUGUGGAGGCCACUCGGAGCAUUGUAUUUGAUGUCAAGAGUGAGAUUGGAAGAGUCUUCGGAGUGCUGUUUGCUUGGGUCUGCGUCAGUGUUUUGCUGUUCCCGCUCUGUGCGCUGGUCGCGAGGAGGAGGAUUGAGCGGGGGAGGGGGAAGGAGGAGAUGAGGGUUAGGGAGGAGGGGAAUGGAGUGCCUAGG